AUGAAAAGUGAAGAAACGCCGAUCCGCUGGGCGAAUAGGGAUGUGGUAAAAGGCAUCUGCCAAAUCCACCUUCACCAUCCAAGAGCCCUCAAGGUGCAUAUACUGCAGGGUGCGGAGGGGUUCAUACUGGCACUUAUAAGCUUUCUGCGCUACGUUCAUUCUCUUCAGGUUGACGACCAAACACCAAGAACCACUGUCCGGUUUCAGGACACAAAAAGUGUUCACCACAUGAUCAACCGCAUGGGAGGGGUCUACCCACGAGAUGGCCCCGAGAGCCACCCGUCCCCGUCCGAGAUGGAGGACUUUGUUUUUACUCAGCUGGUAGACUUCUCGCCCACCCGGGCAUCCACCUUUAGGGAAGAGUAUGCUGCAUCUUGCCUGGUGUGCGAUAUGUUCACAUCCGGAUCCGAUCCCGGGAGUUCCCACCUCCUAGCAAUUCGCACCAAUGUGACACCAGGCAAAGAGUACUCAGUUGGGAGAUGCCAGGGGAGCUGA